AUGAACGUGGGUACGGCACACAGCGAGGUGAACCCCAACACGCGUGUGAUGAACAGCCGGGGUAUGUGGCUGUCGUACAUUCUUGGCAUCGGCCUGCUGCACGUCAUCUUGCUCAGCAUCCCAUUCGCCAGCGUGCCCGUCGUGUGGACCCUCACAAACCUCAUCCACAACCUGUGUAUGUACCUCCUCCUGCACACUGUCAAAGGGACGCCUUUUGAGACCCCCGACCAAGGCAAGGCUCGCCUCCUCACGCACUGGGAGCAAAUGGACUAUGGCGUGCAGUUCACCGCCUCACGCAAGUUCCUCACCAUCACGCCCAUCGUCCUGUAUAUCCUCACCAGCUUUUACACAAAAUACGACCGGGUGCACUUCGUUGUCAACACGGUGUCGCUGCUCACCGUGCUUAUUCCCAAGCUGCCGCAGCUGCACGGCGUCCGUUUGUUCGGGAUCAAUAAGUACUAA